UCGAAUCGGUAAUUAAGAAUGACACUAAAAUAUAUGGUCUUAAUACUCCGAAGCAUGGAAUAAAAAAUUGAAUGUUAAAUCUAUUCUGUAUCUUGUCUAUGGUAUUAUCAUGUCGGAAAGAGUUAUAUGAAAUUUGAGAAGAUAUUACAAUUAUAAAAUAAAUAUCUUAUUUAGUAAAACAGUUUAAAAUAAAUUAUAUAUUUUAUAUGUAUACAACGAUAUUCUUUUAUCUAUUUUUUUCGUAUAGUGCAAUAAAUCGGCGCGAAAAUGUCAUGUAAAGAGUUAAAACUUUAUAAAGAUUUAUGACAAUGAUUAUUAAUUAAAAAAAUUUGAUGAAUUUUUUAUUUUGUUAAGUGAUUCAAAAUGAGAAAAUAAUGAAUCGGAAUAAUGUCUUGAAUGAUUUGAAAUAUCCUAUAUAUGGAUGAAGAAAAAUGAAAUUUUAAAAGAAACGAAACAAUUUAAAAUUUCUAUUAUCUUAAUUGUGCAUGCAAAGUGUAAAGAGCACUCUUUAUAUUUUUAUAACAAUUAAUUUUUUUAUAUAAUGGAAUCUGAAAAUCCUGUUAUAUUAGAACCAUGUGAAGAACAUUCAAUCUUAAUUCAAACUGUAAAGAAUAUGGUUAAUGAAAAUACACGUACUGAAUUAGAAAGUGAGGAAGAAGGAUUCUUUGUAGUAACUGAUGUUCAAACUGAACAGCAAAAUGUAAUAGAAGUUUCAAAUGAAGAAUCAACAGUAACUCAAUGUAAUGAACAAUUUUCCUGGUCUAAUUUAUGCAGAAUAUGUGCUAAUACCAAUGAUCAUUUAAUCCCAAUAUUUGAAGGAGAAGGUUUACAACAUGACUUAUGUAAUAAAAUACAUAAAUAUUUACCAAUAUGUAUAACUGAAAAUGAUACACUUCCAUUACAAUUGUGUUAUCACUGUGCUGCUACAUUAUUAGCAUGGCAUGAAUUAUUAGAAGGAUGUUUGAGUGCAGAAAGAAGAUUAUUAGAGAUGCAAGAUGCUUUACAAGAAAAACAGAGAACAGAAGAAUUGGAAACUUCUACACAAGAUACAACAUCUAUAUCUAAUAUAACAGAAUCGGUUCAUCAGCAACAAGAAAUUGUGAAAGAUGAAGUUUCAAGAGAUUUAGCUGUUACUGGUAAUGAUUCAGACAGGUGGAAGGCUGAUGCUGUUAUGCAAAUAUCAACGAUCGAAAACGAAAAUAUAAACGCAGAGGAGAUAGAAUACAUUCAAUGUGCUCAAUGUGAUAUUGUCUUCGUAAAUAUGAAGUACCUUAUAGAUCAUAUGAAUGGCGAGCAUGAAGCUCAAAUGCAUUAUUGUCAGUAUUGUAAGCUAGUGUAUCAUGGUCAAGAUAAAGAUUUUGAAUAUCACAUAUCGAUGCAUAGUAAUAAUUAUAAUAAAUUAAAAAAUAUAGAAAAUGAAAUUUUAGAAUGUACAAAUGAUACAAAAAAGGAAAAUAGAGAUAAUGAACAAAUUUCCACUAUAGAUGUUGAAAAGCCUUUGUGUUAUACUUGUAAUUUAUGCGAAAAAAAUUUCACAAAAAAAUCUGAAUUAAAAAAGCAUAUUAACAGACAUUCUGAUGUCAAUCGAAUUCAAAAUUCAGACGAGACAGAACUUGUAAAUAAAGCAAAGCAAAUAAUUAAUGAUCGAAUUUCUUAUAAAUGUGACACAUGUAAAAAGAUUAUAUUUACAAAACGAGGGUUUCUACGCCAUAUUCGUGUCCAUUCUGAUAAACGACCUUGCAAAUGUGAUUUAUGUGGAAAGUCUUAUCGUAUCGAACAAGAUCUCGCUAGACAUAUAAGAGAUGUACACGAAGGAUUAAAAAAAUAUGCUUGCGAUAUUUGUGGUCGUGCAUUUGCAAACAAAGGAACAAAGGACGAUCAUCGGAGAAUUCACACCGGUGAACGCCCAUAUGCCUGUGAACAUUGUCCAAAAAUGUUUCGAACUCUGAAUUCCGUUUAUAUUCAUAAUCGCGUACAUACAGAUUAUAAACCUCAUAAAUGUACGUACUGUGAAAAAUAUUUUAGAAGCAGACAAAGGUUAACUCAUCAUGAAACUACACAUACAGGUAUUAAAGCUUUUGCCUGUGAAAUUUGCGGUAAAACAUUUUCUGUUAAAGGAGAAGUUGUGCGACAUCGUGCAAUACAUAAUGGAAAACCUUUUGACUGCAAAUGUGGUAUGAAAUUUGGUCAAAAAAGAUAUUUGCGGAACCAUAUAAAACAACAUCAUAAAGAAGCGUCUUCAUGGUUAUUAACAGAAUUAUUGGGAAAUAAUCGAAACAUAAGUUGAAAAUAAAAUUACGUUUUUAAAUAAAUUUUAUACGAAUAUAAGAUAAGAUAAAAUAUACAAAUU